AUGCUGCGUUGUAGUCUGUUGUUGCCGGCCGUGCUGACUGUAUGCUACGGCCAGGGCUUGGAUGCCGAUCUAGCCGUCAAUGAGCCAGCAAUGGGGCAAUUUGGUGAGGAUUUUGGCGGGGAUUUUGGUAACGGAGGCUUUGGAAAAGUGGGCCAAUCAAUAGGCCUGGUGGACGGUAAGCAAUCUACUUUUUUGUCUCCUAGUUGGUUCAUUUCUGAGCCCGAAAAAUAAUGAAAGAUAAAAUUUUCAAAAAAAAAUGUAAUCACAGUUUCAUAGGGGAGAAAAAGCCAUAUUAAAUAUAAUAUAUUCCCUUUGCCAAAGAACAAACAAUCCUUGUAAAAAAAACAAUGAAAAAAACGAACGAACUUUCUGGACGACCUAAUAAUUGAUGGGCGAUUCCACGGCGCAAUGAAUACACAUUAUUUUCCCGACAGACUUAUAGGUCAAUUUCAGCUGAACACUCGCUUGGCCCUAUGGAUUUCCAGCCUGACUUUGCUGCCCAUAAUUUUAUGGGCUUUCCAGCAGAGCCUUCAAUGAACUCCAUAGACAGCUCAGCUGGAAAUUUCAUCGAUUUCCCUUCCCAGAAUUCGAUGGAUUUCUCCUCAAGCUCCAUGAAUAACAUGAACCCCGAGCUUGAAGGAUCCUUCCCAAACGCUGAGAUUUCCUUUCCCAAAUCGGUUUUUGAUGACAUUGACAUCUUCAAUAUCAGUCAGCCAAAUGAGUGGAUCGCCGGUUUGGACAAGAUCGAUGAGCAAGUCAAGCGAACACUUGAACUGGCCGCACAGGAGAGGGAAAAGUUUGACAAAGACAUGAAGGAGGAGUACAAUGAGUUCUUCAAGUUUAUUGGGAAGUAAGUUCAGUCCUAACUCUGUACAACGAAUCGCAAGGGAGCAAAAAAUACAUUUUUAUUGGAGGAUUUUGUUGUUCAAGUUGACCUGCAACAGUAGGGAAUUUCUUUAGUCGCAUAAAACGGACCAUUUUGCAUCCGGGAAGUAUCAAAAAAUGUGGCAAAAUGCUUCCUACUCCAAGUGAAAAAAACUUGGUUUUGAAGGGUCCUCACAAAAAGAGAGGACAAAAAAAACUUCGUUUUGAAGAGCCCGCCCUUUUCCUCACAAAAAGAGCGGGCGCGCUUUUGAAACCUGAGUUUUGUCACUUGGAGAGUGAGGUAUUUUAACACGUUUUUUGAUACUUCCUGGAUGCAAAAUGGUACGUUCUUUGCCACUGGAUCAGGUCCCCCAUUGCAGCUUCCGGAGCUAUACCGCGAAAACUUUUGCGGAUAUCUCUGAGCUCUUCGCAGCUAUCCCAAAAGUUUCGGCUGUAUUUAAAACUCGGAGUUGUGAGUUCGAAGAAUAUCCGGAAGAAUUUUUUCUCGCCUCGGCGGAGGAACCAUUUUUUGGCGGAGACAUUUUAUGUCUUUUUUGAAACUGCACCUUGUUACAAAGCCCGGACGCUUUGCUACGGAUGAAAUUAAUAUUGUCCGAUCUGGUAUGAUGACAUCUGUUAGUCUCGGGAGCUUCAAAAAUGCUUCAAACAUUCUCAAAAGCUUUACGAACGGACUAAUUAUCUAUUAAUAUAUAUAUAUAAUAUAUAUAAAAAACAAAUUUUUUUGCUUUUUCAGGCAUACUAUUUCACUUUUAAGAACCGUUAUUCAUACGAUUUUUCAGAUACCAAAAGACCUACGAGGACUCAGAAGCCAUUUUCGGCCGAUUUGAGAACAUCCGCAACGCGAUGGACCAAAUAAAAGCCGAAAAUGAGGAAUUGGGAGAGCAAGUGUUUGGGUUGACCCCGCUAUCCGAUCUGAGUGAUGACGAGUUUAUUCACGACUACACUGGGCUAUUCCAACACAAACAGCCUCUAAAUAUUUCGCUGGCGAGCGAAGAUGACCUUACAAUUGUAUUGCCUCAAAGUAAUCAUGGGACGGCUAAUGAAACAGUCCGUAAAGAAGGAAAGCAGUGAGUUCAUAGGUUAUUUGAAACAGCGUGAGUUUUCAACAGGCAUGGCAGGGGUCGGACUUCGAAAAUUUCGAAAAGAGCCUGGCAAAUCCGGGGAAAUUUUACGGCUACCCGCUUCAGAGAAAAAAAUUUUUGUCUUGAAAGGAAAAAUUGGAAUGCCAAUUUUGGGUUCUUGGCAUUAUGCAACAAGACGAAUUUAGACUUUUAUCAAGUUUUGAGAGUAAUUAAACCACUACGGACACCAUAAUGCGGUAAAUCUUCAAUUUGAUAGCUCACACAAAGCCAUGAAACACAAUGCCAAAGUAUUGCCAAGAUGGCGGGAAAACUUCGAAAUUCCAAAAGCCCGGCCCUCUAGCCAUGCCUGGGUUUCAGACAAGCGGCAACAAGAACUCGGCCAAGUGCCCAAGUCCCAAAGCAAUUUGACUACAGGAAGAAGGGCGCUGUUGGGCCGGUCGCUCAUCAAAGGGGAUGCGGGGCGUGCUACGCCUUCGCUGUUGCGGCUCAAGUUGAAGGUGAGCCAGCCAAUAUCUUAACAAUUUUGUCGGGAAAAUAAUGUGGAUUUAGCACAUAAGUCUGCCUCAUGGCAGUCGCGCACAAAACCGCUAGCCGUCGCAAGGCGACAGGGUGCUCAUUAUUUUCCCGACAGAUUGAUAUCAGUCUGUCGGGAAGAUAAUGUGGAUUCGCCGCGCCUUGGAAUUUUCUACAGUGGCGAACCCGAUCCAGCGGCAAAAAACGUAUCAUUUUGCAUCCGGGAAGUAUGAAAAAUGUGGCAAAAUACCUCCCUCCCCAACAAAAAAAAACUCCGUUUUCAAGAGCGCGCACUUUUUCCUCACAAAAAGAGCGGCCGCGCUUUUGAAAUCGGAGUUUUUUUUUCACUUGGAGAGGGAGGUAUUUUGCCACAUUUUUGAUACUUCCUGGAUGCAAAACGGCAUGUUUUUUGCCACGGGAUCAGGUCCGUCACUGUAGAAAAUUCCAAUGUGCGACGAGUCCACAUUAUGUUCCCGACAGACAGAUAAUUCCAGGCGCUGUGGCGGCAAAAACGGGAAAAGUUGUGCCGUUAAGUCCACAAGAACUCAUCUCAUGCACCACGAACGCGAACGGCAAUGACGGAUGCAACGGCGGCUACUUGGACUUGGCGCUGAAAUACGUCAAAGAAGAGGGGCUUUCGGCCGCGAAAUCGUCGCCAUUCGUCUCUUCGCGGGGCCGAAUUCCUCAAUGCCAAGUGGGCCGGAAAGUGGGGAAAAUCAAAAAUUACAAACAAAUCCCAAAGAGACGCGAGGACUUGAUGCAAAGGUUUCUCUACAACCAGGGACCGUUGAGUGUUAGUAAGUCGAUUUUUCAGUUGUCUACGCUCGCAAAACGCCCCUUGUUUUAGCCAUUGACGCUCGCCAACUCCGCCAUUACAAGCAUGGGGUUCUUCGGCCGCGGAAACCCGCCGGCGGCUGGCAAAUCAAUCAUGCCGUCACGAUCGUCGGCUACGGCGAGGAAGAGGUGCCGUUUUGGAUUGUGAAGAACUCGUGGGGCACGGAAUGGGGAGAAAAGGGGUUCUUCCGACUACUCAGAGGGCAGAAUUCAUUGGCCAUCGGGCAGGAGAGCUACGUGGCGUUUGUUUGA